AGAAAAAGAGGGGCCUCCUGUCACAAGAGAAUCUAUCCAAUCUACUUGCAAUAAAGAAAACGUACUCUCCUCGUGAGCUAUCUCAGACUCCUCUGCCCAAAGGAAGGGGGGAAAAAAAAAACAAGAGAGAGAGAGAGAGGAAAAGGAAGCAAGGGGGAGCAAAGGGUGAAGAAAAAUAAACACACCAAACUUCUCUCCUUUUCGUCUCCUCUCUACCUCCAUCUCUCUCCUGUCCUUCCCAAAACCAAGCAGACGGAGUGGAGGAAAAACAGAGAGAGGGAGGAGAGAUUAUCAGGAUUGGGGAGAGAUAGAGAGGAGAGAGAGAGAGAGGGAGGGAUGACGUCGGGAGGGGGAAGGUUGCCGACGUGGAGGGAGAGAGAGAACAACAAGCGGAGGGAGCGGCGGCGGCGGGCGAUCGCGGCGAAGAUAUUCUCGGGGCUGCGGACGCUGGGGAACUACAAGCUCCCCAAGCACUGCGACAACAACGAGGUCCUCAAGGCCCUCUGUGGCGAGGCCGGCUGGGUCGUGGAGGACGACGGCACCACCUACCGAAAGGGAUGCAAACCAACCCCUCCACCUCCAGAGGCUGCUGCCGGAGGUCAGUCGACAAACAUAAGCCCUUGCUCCUCAUCUCAUCAUCUGAGCCCACCUUCCUCCUCCUUCCCUAGCCCUGUCCCUUCCUACCAUGCCAGCCCAUCAUCGUCCUCCUUCCCUAGCCCCACCCGAAUUGAGAAUUCCAACCCUGGUGUCAAUCCCUCCUAUCUCCUUCCCUUCCUCCGGAACCUCUCCACCCUCCCUCCCCUUCGCAUCUCUAACAGCGCCCCGGUUACCCCGCCGCUCUCCUCACCGACCGCCUCCCGCCCUCCAAAAAUUAGGAAACCAGACUGGGACUGUUCUGCAUUCCGUCAUCCUUUGUUUGCUGCUUCUGCCCCUGCUAGCCCCACACGCGGUCGCCACCAUGGGCACCCUGCCACUAUACCAGAGUGUGAUGAGUCUGAUGCUUCUACUGUUGAUUCGGGACGGUGGGUCAGCUUCCAAAUGACUGCCCCGGCAUCGCCGACCUUCAACCUUGUUAACCCGGUCGCCCAAAUGCCAGAGACUGUAGUGGGCCCUGGAGGAGGAGGAAUGUCUGAUAGGGGACGAGGUGGCAUGGAGUUUGAAUUCGAGAAUGGAAGGGUGAAGCCUUGGAUGGGGGAGAGAAUUCAUGAGGUUGGGGUGGAGGAUCUUGAGCUCACAUUGGGAGUGGGAAGCAGUGGAUCUAAGUGAAAGAGCUGGAGACUUGAACCGCUGCGAGCGUUGCAUAUUCCAAUUCAUGUUGCUGCAUCUAAAGCUGUAUCUGCUGGGCUGCUGGUGUUUGGUUCACUUCUGUGUUUUUUUGAUGGUUUUAUUGCCUCAUUUUUUUUUGUUCGCUUCCAGUAACAUGGUCAUGAACGCAGAAAGAUUUGUUCUUUCAUUACUUUUAAGCUCAGAAUGUUUUAUGAGCUACUGGUUUUGGUGGCAAUAGCUGAUGAGUAAAUUUCAUGGCUGUAGUUGAUGGUGUUGCUGCUGUCUCUGUAAAUGCUAAGAACCCAUGGGGAAUUAGAUUGUUCUUUCUUCUUUGGUAUCAGUACAUUCUAUGUGGGAUGUUGUGCACAUUUGCUUCAGGCACAGCAAUUGCAAGUGGUAGAAGUUCAUGUGAACUUCUAGUUUCCAAA